AUAUAGAGGGCGCCCUUUGUGCAACCUUUGACACAUUUUGUUGAUAUCGACACCGAUGCCGAGAACAAACUAUAUGGGAAAAUGAUGAGAUGGUCUAGGUGCCAUAUCCUUAGUAAUUUUGUAGAAUCUGGCUGCUUUUGUCACUGAAACGGCAACAAUGCAGGAAGUACCAGUCCGUGUGGCCGUUAGGAUCCGCCCAUUUCUUCCUCAAGAGAAGCUGCAUCAUCACGAGAGUUGUGUGCGCGUGAUUCUUAACUCCAAUCAAGUGAUUGUCGGAAGGGAUCGCGCAUUCACGUUUGACCAUGUUUUGUCUUCAAAGAUAAACCAGGAAGAAGUGUAUAACAUCUGUGUGAGCAGUUUAGUGGCCAGUUUCUUUGAAGGUUACAAUGCAACAAUCUUUGCAUAUGGACAAACAGGUUCUGGCAAAACCUACACUGUCGGGGGACAUACGGCGGCUGCCUUGACCGAAGAUGAACAAGGCAUCAUCCCCAGAGCUGUGCAACAAAUGUACAACAUCAUUAAGGAAAACCACAACGUGGAAUACAACCUGAACGUGUCGUACAUUGAGAUCUAUAAGGAGGAGCUCAAAGACCUGCUGGAUUUGGAGACUAGCAGCAAAGAGAUGCAUAUCAGGGAAGAUGAGCACGGAAACACUGUUGUCAUUGGUGCGACUGAGGUCGCCUGUGAUAGUCUUGACGAAGUCUUGAACUGCCUGGCGAUUGGUUCAGCUCAUCGGCACACCGGAGCUACAAACAUGAACGAAGUCUCAAGUCGAUCACACUCUAUCUUCACUAUAGCAUUACAACAAAGAUGGGAGGACCCAGCUAAUGUUGCAAACGGGGAACCGGUGGCAGACGACGACCAAUCAGAAGCCAGCGUACACACCAUGGCCGCCAAAUUCCACUUUGUGGAUCUGGCCGGCUCUGAGCGCGCUCACAAAACUGGCAACGCUGGCGAAAGAUUCAAAGAAUCUGUCCAUAUUAACAGUGGUCUCCUAUCCCUGGGUAACGUGAUCAGUGCGCUGAGCGAUCCCAAACGACGAGGCGCACACAUCCCGUACCGCGACUCCAAGAUUACGAGAAUCUUGAAGGACUCACUUGGAGGCAACGCUAAGACGUGUAUGAUCACGUGCAUCAGUCCGUCCGCGGUCAGUUUUGACGAAACGCUGAACGCUCUCAAGUACGCCAACAGGGCACGUAACAUCAAGAAUAAGCCGAUUAUCAAUCGCGAUGUGAAUUCGUGUCGUAUCGCGGCCAUGCAGACAGAGAUAGAGGCGUUGCGAGAGGAGUUACAGCGCCACCAAUCUGCGAAAUCAGACCGCAACUAUGACGGAGUGGAUUCACAGAGAGUCAAGGAUCUAGAAGGAAGUAUUAUCAGGAUACAAACCCAGUCCGCUCACUACCAAGUCUGCACGGAGGAAGCCGUGAAAUUACUCAACGUUCUUCAGGAUAACGAGGGACUGACGGACGAUGAAGUAACGGCCAUCAGGAAUUGGUUGGAUUUAGCCCAGGAGGCUCAGGACGCUAAUAACGACGAUGGGAAAACCGCGAUGCUCGGCGAUCAACAGGCGACUAUUGAAGACUUGCAACAGAAACUAAAAAAGGCACUUGAUGAUCUGGCCAGUGAUGAAGAAAUUUUCAGUGCGAAGACGAAAGAGAACAACGAACUGCUGGCACGAAUCAAGCAACUGGAAAAAUCAAAUGAAGAAACAGCAAAUGGACUAGAGACUGCUAUGGCAAGACUCCAUCACCAAGAAGAGGAACUGAUAGAACAACAGACUAUCAUACAGGACUUACAGGCACACCAAAAGGUGAUAGACUCUGCACCAGCAGGUGACAACUUUGAAGCGCCUCUGACAGGCCGUAGGAGACCCAUGUCAGUGCCAGCCCAUCUGACUGGAUUGAUGAGAGCUAAAUCAGCGGCUGGAGGAGAGACUAUCCAUGGAGAGAGGCCGCAGUCUAGGAAGUUGCAUACCAGUCCGCCAUUGUUUUCUAGUCAGCAGACUUCCGUCUUUUCAUCCGGUCCUUCUAUCACGAGCCGCGUCUCCGUUUCCACCGCUCACGUCUACAAUCAAUUUCUGAACACUUUGUUCUCCUUGGAGCGAAUCGUCCAAGGCUUCCGAGCCAGAAGCCAUCUCAUCCUCAAGCGUCUUGAAGAGCAAGAUGAAGUCAUGUUGUGGGAGAUGAGUGACAGUAGCAAUGAUGAAAACGACGACAAGUCAGGGGUCUUGGGCCAUACUUGGAGUAAAUCUCGCCUCUCCAGGAAGAAGUCGGAUUCUAAAAAGAGUGAAUCGGCGAGUCGGUUGUCCAAUAAUGACAGCAACAAUAAGUUUGGAGGGACUAUGACCAAAGCGUCAGCCGUGUCCGAUCUGAAGGAUCUUCCCCACGUGACAUCCCACGAGAUGCAAGCGCUGCGAUCCAGCACCGUGGACCACCAGCACAAAGUCAGAGAGUCCAAACUACGAGUGCAAGAAGCUCAACAGAAGAUGAGAGAUUUAGCUCUAAAUAUCAGGUUGAAGGAGGAACUAAUCCGUGAGUUGGUCAAGACGGGCCGAGAAGCGGAGACAACUAACAAGAAAUACACGGAGAGAAUCAAGCAGCUUGAAACGGAGGCCCAGAGUGCCAAGACGGAGCUACACGAGGCCCAAGAAGCAUUGCAUCGCCUAGGAGCCAAAGAACAACACGAGACACAGGAUAAGGAUAAACUCGGCGAAGAGUACCGCCGAAAAAUGGACAAAGCGAAGAACAGAAUGAAAGAACUACAACGUAAACAACACGAUACGGAGAAAUUGUUGAAGGUUCAGAAUCAGAGUGAUAAGAAAGCUUUGGAUUUGGAGCUGGCGGUCGGCAGAAUGAAGCAACAUCAGGAAUUACUGCAGCAGCGACUGAAGGAUGAAGCAGACAGGAAACUCAAACUAGAGAAAGAAAUGCAAAAAGACCAACAGAGGAUCCGUGAGUUGGAGAUUAGAAUGGAGCAACAGCAGAAGAUACUCAAGAGAAAAACUGAAGAGGUUGUAGUUGCCCAGCGUAAGCUACGUCAGGGUAGUGCUCAUGGCGACGAUCACGCUAAAUUAGAUGAGCAGAAACGCUGGAUGGAUCAUGAAGUGGACAAGGUUCUGGAACGCAAACGCAAAGUCAAGGAGUUAGAAGAAGAGCUUGCGAAACGAGAGGAAAUUGUCGCCAAAAAAGAACAUCUUCUUAGGGAGAAAGGAGAACUGGAGAUAAGGAGAUUACGUUCCAGCCAGACAUUGACAAAGGAUUUGAAAGGGUUGUCGUCUAGAAUUGAGAGCGUCGAUAAACAGCUAGCAGCAAAGCAUGAAGAUUUGAGGGUCAGCGUGGAGGCAGUUAGUGGUGAUAUCACAGCACAUAUCAAGACACUCAAACGAGAUAGAGAUCGUCUUGUUAAGCAACGAGAAAUUCUGGACUCCAAGCUAGGACAGGGAGCUAUUCUAUCCCCAACAGAAGAAAGAAGGUUGAUAGAGAUGGAUGAAGGCAUCGAAGCAUUAGAUGCGGCCAUCGAUUUCAAAAAUGAAGUCAUUGCAAGCCGACAACAAGAACUGCGCAAAGCCGGCCUCACAACAAUUGAUGAGGCAUUAUCAGGAAGGUUGCAGUCACUAUCUGCAGCAGAUGCUACUAGUCUCCUCAUAAAAUACUUUGAAAAGGUCGUCGACCUCCGUGAGACGGACAAGAAGAAGGAUCUUACCAUUACCGAGAUGGAGAUGAAAGUCGACGAGCAAUCGCGGCUGUUACGGGAGCUAGAGAACACGCUGCAGCGAUCCAGGUUGGAACUGGAUCGCAAACUGAUGUCUCAGCAGAAACAACACGAGCAGCGAGUUCAGAUGUUGAUCAGGCAGCAGGCCGACGGCGAUGGUGGUAAUAUAAGUGCCCAUGACAAGCAGAUUGCUGAUCUAGAGAAGGAUCUUUACUACUACAAGAAAACCAGCAGGGAACUCAAAAAGAAAUUACGUCAGGUGCUGACUGAUGGGGCGCCCUCUAGUGGCCCCAAUGGGACAGGAAAUGACGACUUUGACAGAAGUCUGGAGACUAGACCGGGCGUGACGCCUGUAAGGAAAUCAAGGAGAGAAGUCAGGGAACUCAGUGCUGCAGAGCUGUCUGUUCGUAGAUCCGGAGCCAGUCAAGCGUCUUUAGUCGCAGAUUCCAUUGAUAAACUUAAUCCAAGUAACGGUGCCUCCUCUGCGAAUCCUUGGAACUGAUGUAAUGCAGCGUUUGGUAUGUGAAUCAAAUAUCAAGUCUUAUUCAAUGCCUGAAUAAAUCCCAGUCAUCUAAUUGGUGGGUCGUUGAUCACAUGUCAAUGAAUUAUUCAUCCCAUCCGGGGCCCGGCCACACUGCAAAAAUAGAAGUUCGAUUCCAUGGUCACAUGACUGGUGAUUCUGACCAAUCAGAUGACGAGAAUUUUAUUCAGGUGUUGUAUAAAACAAACAAUGAAUAUUUCAUGAAUCAUUCAUGCAGUGGAAAAAUAAUUUCUAUUCAUAAGAUGGAAUUUUGCGUCGGGGUGAUGUAAUUCAAAU